AUGCCGUCCCUUUCCCAACCUUUUACUAUCACGCCUAUUCCAAGGCAAUCCACUCCAUCGCCAAUCUUCAUUUCUUCUCAUGGCCUAGUACCUAAUACAAAUGAGCUAGAUAUCGCAAUCUCUAAAUAUUCGAUAUCUAAAUUUUUAGUUCAUCCUACCCCAAAGCUUAUUCAUAGUAAUGCCAUUCCUUCUAACCAGAUCAUCACUGCUUUUGACAAUAACGUUUACGGUUCAUCCCAAUCAAAACAUUCAAACUUUCUGCAUUUGAACCAAGAUGUUAAACUCUCUAUUCCAACACCAGUAGUGAAAUGUCUCUCUAUUAAAGAUAAGAAUGACAUCACAAAUACUACAGUUAUCUUAGAGGAUGGUACAAUUCAAAAAUAUAAGGACAUUGUUCUAGAGUCUGCCAAGAAGAUCCCAUACAACAAAAUACUUCAAGCUGAGUUCAUUGAAGGUAGAUAUGCUCUAAUAAUUUCUGCCAGUAUUGUUACUCUUUAUGAUUUGAAGACUACUACAGAGCUUCGUUCUAGAAACAAUAUUGGUACAGAGAAUUCAAUUUUUAAAUUGUUAAAAGGUAAAUUAUAUAAAUAUAACAAAAGUACUUAUACUUUUGAAAUAUACGAUAUUACAACACUAAAUCUUCUUCACUCGACAGUUAUCCCAUUUAUUCCAGAAGGUACAAAAUCUGUCACAUAUGCUAUUGUCGGUGAUAAUAGAGUUGUCUUAACAAUUGACAACGUUGCAUAUUUAUUAGACAUAUAUUUGGGCAGUGUCAUUACAACAAUAACAUUCAAACACCUUAAAUGGUUUAAGCUAUUGGAAGGUGUAGAAGGAUCGUUUGUUCUGGGUGUAUCAUGUACUUCAAACAGUGGUGAAUUGAAAUUAGAGAUUGUUAAUGUCGAAUUAGGGAGUUGUAAUCUGAAGGAUUCGUUGGGUAAGAGUUUCAAGAAUUUUGUAAAAACCAGUUCGAAGGAAGAUACUGAAGCAAUCACUCUAAAAACUUUAUUAUUUGAUGAUUCUGUGGAUGCCAAAACCAAAAAAAUAGAGAUCAAAACCUUCAAUUAUAAGGACAUUUUAGCCAAAUUGAAUAAAAAUACAAACAACAAAGAUUCAUUUGAUAAAGUGUUUUUUAAGGAACUUGAUAUUGAAAAUGGGCAUUAUACUGAAAAGGAUAGGUUCAUUGUAAAUCAAGAAUUUUUGGCAGAUGUUAUAGAUCUAAUCUUACAAAAGUUUAGUUUUGAUGACUCCACCGAGUAUCCAAAGGCCCUAGCAUUUUUGUUAACACACCCAUUAUUCCCAAUCCAGAAAACUAGGGGAUUACUUGUCAAGUUUAAAGAACAACCAACUCUGUACAAACAAACAAUAGUGACUUGUCCAAAUCUUCCUUUACCUGAACUUCUAAAAGAGCUUUUCACUAUUAAGAAUAAUGAAUUAUCGUUAGAUAUAUCUUUGAGAAUUUUGGAAGAUUACACUACAGAUUCCAUUAAAGAUGCAUUGAAAAAACUUCCUAAAGUUGAGAUUGAAAAUUACAUAGAAUUCAUAAUCGAUAACGAUCAAGAAGGAGAAAUACAACAAACUGUGGACAUUUCAAACCAAUUGUUCGAGCUAUUAUCAUUAAUUAUCGAUUCCGUCGGAUUGUUUGCUCUUGAAGGUAAAUUACUGACAAACUUGACAGCAUUCAUUAAUGAAAAAGUUAAAAUUGCUGAAAGAAAUACUGAGUUAUGGUACACAAUAGACUACAAAACUAAGGAUUUCAUGAUUGCACAACACUCUAAUAACAACAAUAAUGCUUCGAGUAGGAAGAAAAAGUUACCAACAUACACUGUUGAAUAUUUAGAUUUAUAG